CGCGGACAGAGCAUUUACAUUCCACCUUACAUUUACACAACUCCUUGGCUAAAUGCCAUAAUCAUUUAUUUUAUUCUUGUACCUAUGUAUUUCUCAAUUUCCCGCAGUGAUAAGACCAAAUUUUUUGUUCUGUUACAUAUUGCGGGUAUAUUGCGACACCCUUUUUAUCAUUUGACCUUAUUGGGGAAGGUUAUUUUUUAUCCUCAGAUGUUGGAACAAACUUCCGCGGUGUUGGACAACAUUCUUAAGCUUUGAUCAAAAAUUAAUAUGUAUGUACAUAAUAAAAUUUAAAAUUUAGUGUAGAUCAUAUGCUUUUCGAUAUAUAGGGUAUCUAUUCAAUGUGUGUCGAUAUACGAAGUUCAUCCCCAUAUUACGCAUACAUAUUUCUUCACCACAACUUAAACAUAUUUUAUACUUUCCUUUUAACGCUUAUUUUGAAGGUCAGACGAACAAACAAAGAAGUCAAUGAAGAUAGAAGGGGAGAAUAAAAAGGACUUGGGGCAAUGAAAAUAGAAGAGCAGACGUUUCCAGCGACCGGCGCAACAGUCGCAGCCUUCGAACGGCAGUCCGGAGUUCUUUUGUCCAUUCCUUUUUUCCUCUGCCAUUUUUACUGGGCGUCCAUUCAGGCCGCCUUUUACUGCCCAGCCUCAGUUGCCCAUCCUCGUUUAUACAGGCAUCAUUCAUCGAUCUUCUUUCUUAUUCAUUUUUCUUAUCCUCCAUCUUUGCCACUUGUGUUCUUUAUUUUUCAUCACUACACACAGUUCAAAAACCAAAGAUGGAAAAUUCGCUCCAAACCAAACAAAUUUAUAGCUCAAAAAAUACUUAUUAAAAAGAAACUGAUGAGGAAAACAUUAUUUAAAAUUAAUCUUCUACCAAAUAUUAAUUUUGUCCUGAAAUGAUUAUUUGCUCCUCCCCAUGCUUGCGUCUUCUUUGCGCAUUCUUUCGUUCUAAAGCAGAAUACUUGGAUCAUUUCCUUUUUUCGAACGUUUGGGUGGCAGAUGGUUGCUUGCCAAAAUAAUUUUUUUCCUUUUUAGCCUCAUUUUUACGGCCUCUGUCUUCCAUUAAAUAUUUCUUUCCCAUCCAAACAAAAUCUAUUUCUUCCUAAAAGCUAAAUGCGCAGUUCAUUUGAUAAAAACCGCUUUAUUAUUUUCUUUUUUUAUUUUAU